AUACUUGGCUUCAGUUGACGUAUUUAUACCCACAACGGAACCUGUUCCAUGUUCGUCCUCCAUUCAACAACUUUCAAGUCCAGAAGUUUCGAGGUCAGUGUUUUGACAAAGAAAUACUGCAGAUACACCAAGUUAAUGGCUCAAUCAGCAAGUAAUGCCGGGAAGAAGCUCAUCAAAAUUGAUGUGACUUCAGAUAGUGUGUGUCCAUGGUGUUUUGUGGGCAAAAAGAAUCUAGACAAAGCUGUAGCUUUAUCAAAAGAUCAAUACAAUUUUGAGAUUAAAUGGCACCCAUUUUUACUGAACCCUUCUGCCCCUAAAGAAGGGAUUAACAAGAAAGAUUACUACAGAAGCAAGUUUGGUUCUCGGGCUGAUCAAAUGCAUGCUCGUAUGUCUGAGGUUUUUAAGGGACAUGGAUUGGAAUACGACUUGUCAGGCCUCACGGGAAGUUCCCUGGACAGCCACAGGCUCAUACUUUUUGCUGGAAAACAAGGGUCUGAUAAGCAGCAUACUCUUGUGGAAGAGCUCUUCAAUGGGUACUUCACACAGGGGAAGUUUAUAGGCGACAGGGACUUUCUUCUGGAAUCUGCAAGGAAAGUUGGGUUAGAAGGAGCAGCUGAGUUUCUUGAUGAUCCAAACAACGGACUUCAGGAGGUAAACGAAGAACUUGGGAAAUACUCGACCAACAUUUCGGGUGUCCCUCACUACGUGAUUAAUGGAAUGCAUCAGCUGAGCGGUGGCCAACCCGCAGAAGUAUUCCUCAGAGCUUUUCAAGUGGUUGCAAAUUGAGCGAUUUCAUCUAGAAAUUACUACUUAUAGAAGUGUACUUGAGUUGUUCUUAUACGUUAAAUACAUAUAUUAUGUGUGUCUAAUAAUAUAUCACUCUCCCCUUGAGUGUUGUCUGAUUUGUUUUUAUACAUUGGUGUAUAGCAUCUUUCUGGAGCCUGCAAACUUGGAAUAAAUUUCUGCUUCUACUA